GACCAGGCCCCGCCUCUUCCUUUCACCAUCUGCUCGUGGAAAGUGUGAGCGACCCCGGGCGGGAGCGUCACCGCCGACCAUGGCCGAGGAAGGCAUUGCUGCUGGAGGUGUAAUGGAUGUUAACACCGCCCUUCAAGAAGUGCUCAAGACCGCACUUAUCCAUGAUGGCUUAGCCCGUGGAAUUCGUGAAGCUGCCAAAGCCUUAGACAAACGCCAAGCCCACCUCUGUGUUCUCGCAUCCAAUUGUGACGAACCCAUGUACGUCAAGCUGGUCGAAGCACUUUGUGCUGAACAUCAGAUCAACUUGAUAAAGGUUGAUGAUAACAAGAAGCUGGGUGAGUGGAUAGGUCUCUGCAAGAUUGACAGAGAAGGAAAACCACGCAAAGUUGUGGGCUGCAGUUGUGUGGUUGUAAAGGACUAUGGCAAAGAAUCACAGGCCAAAGAUGUCAUCGAAGAAUACUUCAAGUGCAAGAAAUGAACUAAUAAAGUAUAUUUGAGCCUGA